AUGGGUAUUUCUCGUGAUUCUAGACACAAGAGAGCGGCUACCGGUGCCAAGAGAGCACAGUUCAGAAAGAAGAGAAAGUUCGAAUUGGGCCGUCAACCCGCUAACACCAAGAUCGGAGCCAAGAGAAUUCAUGAUGUCAGAACCAGAGGUGGUAACAAGAAGUUCAGAGCUUUGAGAAUUGAAACUGGUAACUUUUCCUGGGCCUCCGAAGGUAUUGCUAAGAAAACUAGAAUCGUUAGUGUCGUCUACCAUCCAUCUAACAAUGAGUUGGUUAGAACCAACACUUUGACCAAGUCUGCCAUUGUCCAAAUUGAUGCCACUCCAUUCAGACAAUGGUUUGAAGCCCACUAUGGCCAAACCUUGGGUAAGAAGAAGAACGCCAAGAAUGCUGAGGAGACUGUCACCCACUCCAAGAACGCUGAGAGAAAAUGGGCUGCCAGAGCUGCUGACGCUAAGAUCGAGCACUCCGUUGAGGCUCAAUUCUCCGCCGGUAGAUUGUACGCCUGUAUCUCUUCGAGACCAGGCCAAUCCGGUAGAUGUGAUGGUUACAUCUUGGAAGGUGAAGAAUUGGCCUUCUACUUGAGAAGAUUAACCUCCAAGAAAUAA